UACAAUUUUUGGAUAGAUUUAACAAAUAUUCGUGAAUUUUAGUGACACAUAUAUACACAUAUACACAUAAACAUACGCAGCAACGUGAUAUGAUUAUCGUCGUCAGUGUUUGGUGUUCAUAUUAUCUAUCGAUAUAUUUGUUUAAUUAAAUUCAUUCUCAUUGGAUGGUGUAAAAUAUCACUCUCUCGAUGAUUAUUUUCGAUUAUCUUAUUUUUUAAGAGAGACAGAAGAAUUUGAUUAGUUUUCAUUAGUUCAUUUAUUAUUUGUUCUUACGUUUUUACAACACACACGAUCAAUCCAAAUAUUCUCUAAAUAAAAUGUUGAAACACGUGUCGGUGUCGCCAUGGAGAGGGCGAGCAGACAGUGUUAGCCUUUCAUCAUCUGGUGGUGCUAGUAGUUGCGGAAGCGGAAGUCCAACCCCUGGUCACACACCACCACCCUCUAGAGCAUCAUCCUGUGCAUCUUUGGCACCCUUAACAGCACUCUCAAGUUUUUCUCCAGCCGAUACGGCGCCCCAACAGACGACAAUAAAGGUGUAUGCAAAUUGUUUACGACCAGAUAUCGAAUACAAAACCCUGAGCAUCACUUAUGAGACAACAUGUCACGAAGUUGUUCAAAAUUUGUUAAACAAAUAUCGUAUGAGGCACCGUGAUCCAAGAUUAUUUUACAUGACCAUGGAAGUUACAGUUCGAAGGGCUAACGUACGCACAAUUUUACCACUCGAUGAGGAUGCCAGACCUGCUGUUCUUCAAUCCUGUCAUCCACGAGGCGAUUCCAGAUUUUCUUUGCAGACACGUCGUGGUGGGCUUGUGAAAAUAUACGACAGUGCUCUCAUGUCUGGUUCAAAGUACAAGAGUCUGCUCGUAUCAGAACAGACCACCGUGGACGAAUUGAUCCAGAUGUUAUUGAGUUGCUAUAGUUCGAAAGAACGCGUUGAACAAUUUUCAUUGUACGAAGUUUGUGAAGGUGAAGAGUAUCAAAGAAAAUUACAUCCAGAUGAUUCACCUCUCAAAGUUACGCAACGAUGGACCAGUGCUGAUAGACAUUUACGUAUUCGACGUAAUCCCGAUUAUAAUCCACACAGGAGAAAGAGUAUGUGGGCGUCUGACUCGAGUAUCAGUAUGGCGAUGUCACGACUGAAUCUUCAUGCCGAUCAUCGUCAUUAUGCUCAAAGCGAGAACAACAAUCAUCAUCUUCUUCUUCAUCAGCAUACCAACAAUAAUAAUAACAAUCAUCCUAACAACAACAAUAAUAAUAAUAAUAACAACAACAAUAAUAAUAAUAAUACGAGUACUACGAACAACAACGUCCACAAACUGGACCAACAUCAUCAUCAUCAUCAUCAUUUAUCAUUGGGUUCGAUCAAUCAAACAUCAAGAAUUGUUGUUUCGCAUACAACGCAAUUGCCAGCAUUGCAAUUGUCGCGUGUGCAACAACAACAAUCGCAAUCGCAAUCGCAAUCGCAACAAUUGCCACUGAGUGUACCAUCGACACCAAUUUCAUCCAAACAUGUAACAACAGCUGCCUAUAAUGAUUAUGAAAAUUAUCUUUUUAUAUGAGGAAUUAUCUACGAACGAUCAUACUCGUUCGUUAAUUCAAAUAUUUUCGCAAUUUUCAUGAUUAAUGAAUUGAAGAAAAUAUUCAUGAGAUAUUAUUACGAUGUAGUACAAGAAUCGUCUAACUUUAAAAGGUUAGGUUUAUUACCUGAUUUAUUAUACUUAAAAACAUUCAAUUCAUUAAUAAUUAUAGAAGUUAAACGUGAAAUAUUCUUUAUU